CCAUAGACACCUCGCGGCCAUUUUCCUCUGUUCUGGGUCUGGCCCAGUUCACGCCUCGGCUCGUCAAAACACAUUACACAUGGCACCCUUCCUCAGGAAGGGGGAAAACCGCAGGCAAAAUGUCUCGCCGGCGGCGGCAGGGGUCCGACUCCGACGGCGAGGACGAUAGCUUCCUCUACCGCUACCCGCUGCCCUCCGCAGCCGCUGGCGCUUCCAGCGCGUCCGCGUCGGGCCAAGGCGGGGGCAACAAGCCCGGCAGGGGUGGCAGCGGCUCGGGCGGCCUCGCGCCGUCCAAGUCCACGGUGUACGUGUCCAACCUGGACUUCGCGCUCACCAACUCCGACCUCCACACCCUCUUCUCCCGCUUCGGCAAGGUCGCCCGCGUCACCGUCCUCAAGGACCGCGAGUCCCGCCGCAGCCGGGGGGUCGCCUUCGUCCUCUUCGUCCGGCGGGAGGAAGCCGCUGCCGCCGCCGCCGAGAUGCACGGCAAGGUCCUCAAUGGGCGCACCCUAGCUGCCUCCAUCGCCGAUGACAACGGCCGCGCCGCGCAGUUCAUCCGCCGCCGUGAGUACCGCGACAAGUCGCACUGCUACGAGUGCGGCGAGGAGGGCCACCUCUCCUACGAGUGCCCCCGCAACCAGCUCGGUCCCCGCGAGAGGCCGGCGCCGUCUAAGAAGUCGCGGCGCGGCGGCGGCGGCGGGGGUGGUGGUGGUGGUGGCCGCGGUGUCAGGGAAAUAGCCGGGGCCUCUUACCAGUCGGACGAAGAUGAUGCCGUCGCGACGGCUUUUGAGGACGACAGGUGGGCGUCGGUGGUGGAUACGAGGGGAGAGGAGGAGAAGGCGGCUGAGAAGGAGGGGAGGGCAACGGCGGCGAGGAAGGAGAAGAGGAAAGGCUACUUCAGCGACGAGAGUGACGAGGACGAGGACUGAGCUUCAGCGUAUGACUCUAGCGUGCUUUUGUGUUUCCACUGUCCAUUUCUGCAUCUGUCCUGAAACUUUCAGGCUUUCCUUUCAAUACUGACGUCCUGGAAAUCCAUGUAGAUGCACCUGUGUGCCAACUGUACGCCUGGCUUAAAGGUAUAGGCAUGGCCUGCCUUAUCACUAAACCACAUUUCAGCUUAACCUGCACGUCUGUUCUCAAAAUUCAAGCAUCGAGGAUCCUCUCAAGUGUCUUGUGCUGAGCUUGGAACAAGAGCAAUUCUUAGGAUACGGCAAGCCUGUGGUUCAUUUCUUGUUGAAUCAAAGCCAGUUGAAUCACAGGCUCAGUGCAGGCCCAAAAAAUCAUACAAAAGGAAUGCAACACCACCGUCAAUGUCAAAGUCCUUGUUGCAAACUUGCAGUGGGGCCACUUGAGGUCGCACUGCCAUUCUACUCAUUGUAAUAUUGACGCUUGGAUGUGACAUCAUCUGAUUGCUGUUAUGUUGCUAAAUUGUGAAGCCAAUCAGCCUGUUUUCAAAGACACAAUGACUUGGCACCUUCUUGCAUUGAAGAUGACCAUAAUAUUCGCUAGGUUUUCAGGAAUAUUGUGGAACCACGUGAGACUGAUGGAAUUAUUCAGAAUAGUGCAGGCAUCAUCCAUC